AUGCCUCGCCUUUCACGUCCUGAUUUGUUAGACGAUGAGAGCGACGCGAGCUCAGAACUGCCUGAGAUCUUCUCGAACGAAGCCUCAGAAACCGAUUCGGCCACCACAUCUGGGAAUUGUGAUGACGAGGAUGAAUCGGAGUCCGAGGAUGACUUUCCCAUGGAAGACGAAGAGAAGCAGCUUCCACCGGAGCACUAUCUCCAGGAGGCAGAAUGUCUCGAUGUCUCCCAGCUUCGGCAAAAACGCUACAGCCCAAGAACCCAGGACAAACUGGAUGAGACGCGGGACUAUUGGGACAGGUUUUGCGAGGGCGGAAAGCGGGACCCUGUGGAGUGUUUCUUCUGGCUCUCUGACACAGAGGAGACGAUCCGUUUUUUGAAAGCUCUCUUUUCCUGGCGCUGUGAUCAGCGGAGGGGGAAGAACGGGCGACGCACGCCGGGACUGAAGUAUAAAAGCUCGCUCGAGACAUUCUGGAAAUGGUGGCAUCUGGUCUACAAGGCUGGAGUCGGGCAUGGACUUAGUAAAGAUACGAUCGUCAAAAUCGAGGAUGUGCUUGCGAUAGUUGCGACUGAGAAAAAUCUCUGCUUCGAUCGGCGACCGAAAGCGACCAUGUAUAUUGAAGAUGUGGCCGAGUUUGCUCGUGUGGUACUGUCUACGACGGAGAUGACUUUCCCUUGUGGCUGGUACCGGGUACAGCUCCUCCUGUACUGUCAACUGGCCGCCAUCACCGGCAGCCGGCCUGGAGCGCUCUUGAACCUUCGUUACCGGGACCUCAUGUUGACCCUGGUACGAGACCCAAAUGGCCAUCGUCCUCGGCUUUUCAUUUAUAUGAGGCCGGAAUUCACAAAAUCAUUUCUUGGCAAGAAGGAGUCGAAUACCUUCCCUAUCCCGGAGAUCAUUUUUGAUCCUACGCUGGUCCUUAGCCCGCACAUUUUCUUGUUGGGCUUGCUUUUCCGAAUCGGGGCAUUCAAGACUCUUUCUAAAGACGGUCGCGUGAUGAACUGUCCAGAAAAUUUGUAUAGUCUUCGGGUUUUGAAUGGACUUGGUCAGCAGGAGUUGAAGUUGAGACCGGAAAUUCUUGAUCAAUAUGUUUUUUGUCACGCAUUGAGAGAACCCAAUGGGAUUCGAAUUGCUCUGGAACAAAAUCUGACAGGCGGCUGGCUACGUUAUCGCAUGAAACGUGGGGGCGAAAUUACGGGUUUUGAGGAGGUCACGAAGCCCUAUGGCCUCCGGUAUGGCGCAGCGAAAGCAUUCAAUGAUAGUCCGGAUGUGUCAAAUGAACUACAAAAUGUGAUGCUACAGCAUGCCAGCAUUGACACAUUUGUUCGGCACUACAGUGUUGGUAUUCACGUUGAUGCUCAGGCAAUUGUCCGAGGCAUGCCCGCUCAGAAGCAGCUCAUGCGUUUUGCCUGCUCGAUGAGUCGGUCUAUCGAUCCGCGCAGGCCAUAUAGGCUAGAAGAUUCGAGCUGUGUCAAUCAAAUCCCACGUGUGAUUGCCAUGGAAGAGUUCAAGCAAGCACGAGAGCAGGCCCGGGACGUGAAAAGACGGACGUUUGAAAAUGCUCAGUUCGCUCUCCAGCGCGAGUUUGGUGAUGAUCCUCCGCAGGAAGGGUCAGUUUCCCGCCAUCUGCAGAAACUCCACAGACGAUGGGAACUGCGAACGAAAAACGUGGACAACUUACGCAAGAAAUUUGAACGUGCAGAGGAGCAGUAUAAUCUUGCUGUACGUGAUUUGCGGAACGAAAAAGGACGACAACGCAAUCGCUUGAUCCGUGAGAACUUGGAGAGGUAUAAGAACGAGCAACCGGUGAUCGACAGCGAACGGCAACUGUCCGGAAAGAUGGUCGACGAAGAAGUAAAGGUCGCUUUAGAAAGUACCGGCUAUAUGACACCACAGCAUAUGACCCUUAUCGACACCGUCCUGACGAUGCCGGGUACGACGGUUGAGAAAGAGUAUGAGCGUCGAAUUGCUGCAAUCAAUGCAGUGAUUGCGGUAUGUGAUGCAGAAGAGGGCGCACCCUCGCGGCCUACUGUCACCCAAAAACGCUCCGCCGAUGCUGCCAAUAUGCCACCAGCUGCCUCCUUGCCUAAAAGGAAGAAUCCAAUCCAUUCACAUAAGAGCGACGAUACUUUUUCCGAGGCUAUCGCUUCGGUUUGCGUCAAAUCUCCAACAGAGAGACCAACGAUCUGCUUUAUUUGCCUUGGUAGCCCUAGGCUGCCACAAAGCGAUCGCUUGAGAAUGUACAAGAACUCUGGAUCUCUGAGCCGACACUUCGUCAACAAGCAUAUCAAGCCGUUUCCAAAUGACAUGCGCUGUGAGUGCUCUAUCUGCGGGGAGAGGUUGGAGUCAAAGUCUGCGUUACUGAACCAUGCGGAAAGGGUGCAUGGAACUGUCUCCCGCUCUUCUAAAACAGCCCUUGGUAUGGCAUAA